AUGGAGGUGGAUACAGACGCUCGAGACUCGACUAAUAGCGCUGGUCCUGGAUUUUAUCCACUGCGUGAAGAAGAUGACGACGACGUUUCGAUGCGAUCCCCACUCUCCGGAAUGGAUGACCACGAUAUGCAUGAAGACGACGAGGAUGAUGACCACAGCGAUGAUGAAGACGAAGAGGAGGAAUUUGAGGAGCACCAACAUCUUCACAUGUCUCGUCGUACGGGUGGUCACGGAUCCAGUCGCCGCACAUCUUCGAAUCGUCUUUGGGGAUCUUUGGAUUCGGAGCUUUCAAUCCUGGAUGCUUUAGAUGAGGUCGAUGAAGAGGAGUUCUCCUACUUGAACAUGCUUGAUGACGAGGCCUUUUUUGCUGAAGAACAACGCCGGCGUGCUCGCUUGGCUGCUGCUCGAAAUGUCAGAUCGGGUAGUGAUACCGGCGAGGUUAGCCAGCAAGCCAGAAGCUCAGAAGAUAGAUUUGUCGAGUCUAUGCGUGAUGCGCUUGGCUUGUAUAAUGGCGGCGGGAGCGGGUCUAACUCCUCUUCCAGUGGCCAAACUCUCGUGCUGACGUUUGGCGACUACAUUGAAGAACUGCCGGAUAUGCUCGAUGAUGAUUUCCUGUUCGAAUCCUUUGAUGGUAGCCGAGGUGAUCGCUCACGACGUGAUCGCCAACUAGGUCGCUCGGGUGGUAAUGGUGUUGAUCAAUUUACUGCAAGCGCCACUACGCAUCCGUUGCUCCGCACAAGUGGACGUGGGGAUGCGAUUUUGCUGGACUCGAACGGAUUGUUGCGUAACCCGGGCCGGUUCACACUGCCUCGCCACUCCUCGCUUCUGCGCGAGCUGCAAGAGCUAACAGACCAAGUUCAGACCCAGCUACCGCUUGGUGGAAGUCGGUCGCGGCUGGCCAUUGGACGCGACUUGCUGCAGCGAGGAGGCGGCGGAAGCCGUGGGAGACCUCCAAGCCGGAUCAAUCGUUUGUCUGCCGUGUCAAACCUGCUGAGUGAAUUUUCCCUGGAUAUCCCGAGCUCGUUGCCUUCUCGACACCAGCGUCUCAGUUUGCGCCGGGGAGAUCGGGACAUCUUCGGUGAUGUCUUCGUUGGGGUUGAUUUGUCUCGCGGAAUUGGUAGUCGAGCCGGUGACGUGAUUGGUGGGUCCGCGUCUAGCUCGGCAAUGUGGGGG